GUCUCAAGUCUCAAACGAUCGACCAACCGACCUCCAAGGCCAGUUCUGCAGGCAGGACAGGGCAGUCGAACAAAGCUAUUAUAUAUUGUACGCAAUACCUAGACUAACUGAACCAUGAGCUCUGGAGAGGGGACAGCAAACAACGAACAGCCAGACCAUGAAAAGAUCCUGAACGUAAAUGUGGGUGUUUUGGGCCAUGUCGAUUCCGGAAAGACGUCUCUUGUCAAGACACUCUCUACCAUGCUUUCCACUGCAGCCCUGGACAAAUCCAAACAGAGCCGCCAACGGGGAAUGACGCUAGACCUAGGUUUCAGUUGUUUCAUCCAAGAUCUACCUCCCCACUUGAAGGAAUCAUUUCCAACCAAAGAAAAACUUCAGAUUACACUUGUGGAUUGCCCAGGGCAUGCUAGUCUGAUUCGGACAAUUAUUGGUGGCGCCCAGAUCAUCGACAUGGUACUUCUUGUUGUGGAUGCAUUCAAGGGAUGGCAGGCACAAACUACAGAGUGCCUCGUUUUGGCACUCCUCACCAGUCGGCACAUUGUCGUGGCCCUCAACAAGGUCGACCUCUUUGCACCCGAGGAACGAGAUGAUCUCAUUGAAAAGGCAAAGAAUAGUGUCCGGAAGAGACUCCAAGGCACCCGCUUUGCAGACGCGCCUCUCAUUGGAGUAUCAGCAUGUGUUGGAGGUGAAAAAGUUGCUGCUAGUGAUGGUGAAACCUCACAUUUGCAAAUGGCACACGAAAACUUCAACAUUGACAAACUCAUUGACCUCCUACGCAGUGAAUUGCCACAACCAAAGCGAAGCUCGACGGGACCAUUCUCCUUCAGCGUUGACCAUUGCUUUCCCAUACGAGGGAGAGGGACUGUCUUGACGGGGACUGUUCUGAAUGGGUCAGCGUCAGUCAAUGAAAUGCUAGAGUUUCCAGCCUUGGGGUUGGAACGAAAGAUCAAGAGCAUACAGAUGUUCAAGAGACAGGUACAAUCGAUCAUGCAAGGAGAUCGAGCUGGAAUAUGCGUCAGUAACCUGGAUGCGAAGUUGCUCGAACGUGGGAUUGCUGCUAGUCCUGGUGCUAUUCAGCUGUGGAAGCGAGGGAUUGCACUUGUUCGUAAAGUUAGCUACUUCCCAGGCAAUCUACCGUGUGGGAGCAAAUUUCAUGUCAGCGUGGGGCAUGCUACUGUCAUGGCUACCGUGACAUUCUUCGGAGCCAAGGAGCUGAGAAAUGUGGACAUUUCACAGACACAAGAACCUGAACAAUCUGCAACGGUAACAGGAUCCAAGAAGGCCAAGGAGCCUGGACUUCAGUCAUCAUCACUUGGAGGAGACGCAAACAUUGCAGGUCUACCCCGGAUACCGUUCGAUUUCAAUCAAGAUUUUGUAGUUCAGGAAGAGUUGAUUGACAGCGGGAAGGAAAUUGACAAAAACAGCGCUGACAAUCGUGGUCUGUUGAAUUGGGCAAAACUGGAAUUCCAGAUCCCAGUGUUUUGCCCUCCAAACAGCCUCAUCAUCGGCUCACGCCUGGAUGCUGUCGAGAAUAACUCCGUGUCUUCAUCAUCAUGCCGAUUGGCUUUCUCUGGCCGACUCAUUGAAAAAAUGGAUGACACCGGGAACGACCAAGUCAAGCUUUACACGGUCAAGGAGAAACUAGGGGCCAUCUCCAGGCUAGGUGAUCCACACCGACGGAACGACGAUCAACGUAUAGUUCGCUACGAGGUCUUUGGUACAGACUUGUUCAAAGCAGAGACCAACAUGAAAGUGUUUGUUGGAAUGAAGUUACUGACAAAAAAUGGGGAAGUAGGAGAAAUAAAGUCUUCAUUCGGAACAACCGGGAAGUUUCGGGUGUUGUUUCCAGCCGGCAUCGAAGCCCGAGAGGGUGAUCCCUUGAUUCUUCGAUUCAAGCGCUUUGUACACGAUAGCACCAAAGCAAUGCACCAAGACGUUGAGUUACCCGUCGCCAGGUCCGGGACGAGACUCGAGCCGCCGAAGAAGGGCAAGAAGAAGGCACCCCCAAAGGGUGUGAAAUUGGAUGGCGAAAUAGCGUCUAUCAAAGGCGAUGUGCUGGCUGACGGAAAACACAACAUGGCGAUUAUUGCUGGAUUCUUUGCUCCAGAAGUUGACAUUCGACAAAAGGUUGGAUGGAAAGUGGUGAUCCCCAGUACAAACGAAUCAGGGGCUAUCGCCGGGCCUUUUGGCAAGGCUGGGAAAUGCAAGGUGACUUUUCAGGAUGGUAUCUCGGCUGAACCAGGUGCGAAAGCAAAACUCAUAAUAGAAUGAAUGUGGAUUUGUACCAUGAUAUAGUAACGAAGAUAUCUUCGUUUCCACUACUGUCGUACACUAUGGCUACCGUGCCGGUAUUCCACUACUCAAUUAAUUGUAUAACGUCACCAACAUCGUUGCUUCCAAUACUUUACAGAGUUCCGGAACAGGACGAGACAACCUUUGACUCAGUAUAGCAUCGUCAUACCGCACUACGGCCGUAUCAGUUCCUUAAACAUUUGUUUGCUUGCAAUCGACAUCGUUCGUUACAAAAAAUGUCAGUGUGUCCUUGUCAUCGAUGAUUUCCCGACCUGGCAACGAUCUGUAAGAGAGAGGCUGAGAAUCGAGUCUGUGGCCGUAACUUUGGGGGACAAGGAAUGCAGCACUCAACAAAAUGAUGGUCGCAAUGACGAGUGCCUCAAGAACCAAUAUAAUACCAACCAGACCUACUGGAAUGUCAAUGUAAGCAGCAUAAAAUCCUCCUGUGUACAGCCACGUGCCCAUAAGGACACAAAUCCCCGGUUGCAUCACAAAAGCAAUAACAUGUUUCGGAAACAUAAUUGAAUACGCCAUGACUGCCGCCCCCACCAAACAAAGCUGUGCCAAGAGUUCGUGCAGUCGAAAGUCGGCUGGAACUUGUUUCAACAUGGCGUGUUCGUUCCAUAGAAUAUACUGGCAUAUCAUGGCAAACACAAGGCAUCUCCUUGAGCUGUCUUGCGGUAGGCGCUUCAUCCCUUCCAGAAGAGCUGCCACACCAACCAGCAUGAUAGUGAGAUAGAGAGUGACAUGGGUCGCGGGAGCAAUGAUGUUGUCCCAACCCGGGGCCUCAAAGCAAACUCCAAACAUUGUGACUGGAAUAAGAACCAGCCCAGCUCCCAUGAGGAAGGAAUGGUUCUUCUCCGGGAUGUGAGCAUCUGCAAACGAAACACCAUUUGGAAGAUUGCGAGCUCGGUGCAACGUGAGCAAGAGGUAGAACACCCCAAAGGUGAUGAAUCCAGUGCCAGCCACGGCGUGACCGGAGAAGUAACCCGUUUUGUGCGCCAUGUCCAUUUCCAUGUUCAUAUUGCUCCUCGAGGCCCUUGUGAGAGUUAUUGCUGAGAUAGGUUGCGCAAGAGCGAAAUCCAAAACUAUGAUUAGCUCCCCUUUGGCAUGCUGUACUGUAUGUGUGUGUCCCUUCAGGUUUUUGUUUGAGCCAAAAAUAAAUGUGCAUUCCUUCGGACGUGACAAGCUUGGAGGGAUUGACGGCGCGCAACUUUAGGAAAAUUUGGUGACGAGCGGCAACCAGCGGUACGAGUUUCUGGGCCCUCGUAAGACUAGACUUAUCAAUAGUUUUCCACCAAGUAUGGAGCUAGCUAUCGUUUAGUCAUGGCCGCACACUAGAACGGC